AUGUCUGUUGAACAACCCGCGCCCGCCCCUCCCGCUCCCGACGCCGCGCCCACCGUGGUCUCGAGCACGGACACCCCCGCUGCGAAGCUUGCGCUGCCUUCAACACAGAAGGCAUGGCGCGCGACACGGAGCGGCAAGCCUGCAGACGUCCUUGCCCUCGUCGAUAUUCCUGUUCCUGCGAAGCUCAAGAAGGGCGAGGUCCUCGUGAAGGUGCAGGCCGCCGCGCUCAACCCUGUAGGCUACAAGACGAUGGGCCUCCUGCCCGGCUUUGUGCUCAAGCGCGUGAAUGCGGCAGAGUACGACCUUGCGGGUGUUAUCGUGGACGCGAACGGCUCCGAGUUCAAGGAGGGCGACGAGGUUUAUGGUUGGAUCCCCUUCCCUCUGAGCAUCAGCAGCGGCCAAGGCGCGCUCACGCAAUACACACGGGUCCCCGCCAUUAACCUCGUCCCACGGCCGAAGAACAUCACGCCCACACAGGCGGCCGGCUUCAGCUUGGCAGGCCAGACGGCGUACCAGGCGCUCAUUGAGCUCGCGAAGCUCGAAGAGGGCCAGUCCGUGUUCAUCAACGGCGGGAGCACCGCGGUCGGCGCGUUCGCGAUCCAGAUCGCAAAGGCGAAGGGCGCGCACGUCACCGCCAGUGCGUCCGCGAAGAACGAGGAGUACGUGCGCAGCUUGGGUGCUGAUGAGUUCUUCGACUACACGAAGGCGCCGCUGCACGAGCAGCUCAUCGCGGCAAACGUAACGCCCAAGUACCAGGUCUUUUAUGAGGCGGUUGGCCUCAUCGACCCAGCGUUGUUCAUACACAGCCCGGCGUACCUCGCGUCCAACGGUAUCUUCUUGUCGGUUGGCCCGUCACCCUCGGGUGCUGGGUACGGGACCAUUGCGAGCUUCGCGUGGAAUGUGCUUUUGCGGCCUUCGUUCCUCGGAGGUGUGAAGCGCAAGUGGAAGCUCGUGGCAGUAAAACCUGUCCAGAAGGACUUGAAGGACUUCGCAACGUUGGUCGAGCAGGGUAAGAUUCGCCCGCUGGUGGACUCGGUGCACGCGUUCGAAGACACGAAGAAGGCGUACGAGCGGCUGUUGUCGCAGAGGGCGACGGGCAAGGUUGUGGUAAAGGUGGACCCUUCCGUGGAGUGAACGACGCGUACAACGAACCAGCCUUUUGUAUACCUGUCUUAAUCUAUAAUGUUUCAC